AUGCAAUUCCCUCGCAUCACUCUAGCCGUCGUACUGAUUGCCACCCUCCUCACAGAGACCUCAGCCGUCAGACUGCAGCGUAAAGGCAAAGGUGGCAAUGUUGACGAGCCCAAGCGGAAGAAGGGCUUCUUCUCGAAGCUCUUGAACAAGAAGAAGUGA